AUGCCAGACAUUUUGUCCGCUUUUAGCUCCCUUCAGCCAUGGAUUUCUGUGCAGACAUUUUCUGGAGACAAUGGUCAAAUCAUCCGGACUGGGAUAAUCCGGAAAAAGGAUGAACAGUUCAGAAUCGAUCGUCGUUUGAACGUAUUCGAACGGAAACAGGUUAGAACAUUGAACGUUUCGCCCGCUGGAACGAUAGCCGGAUCUGGUAGAAAUAGUGUGACCACCCGAGGAUCGACAAGGCAUCCUGUCAAAUAUGUGGAACUGAUUGCUCGUUAA